GCCGAUGGGGCCGACCGAGGCAAGACGAACCGGAGGCAAAAAGUCACCAACGUUACUUCGUAGGAAGAUGGGUCGAUAAAGAGGCGGAAGGUUUCUUUGGAGAGAGAGAGAGAGAGAUAUCGAUUUGGUAAAGAAGAAAGCCGAUCAGCCAUGUUCAAGUCAUUCUGGGGUUCGCAAGAGCAACAAGAAAUUCCUACCGAGUCUUGGUAUCCAUCAUCGGUGGUUGGUUCAUCACCAAAUUCUUCCCGCCCUUCCACGGCAAAUAGCUCUUCUGGACUCAGCGGGCAACAAAGAACUUCAGAUCGGCCAGAGUCUUCCUCCCAUGGGCAAUUCUCACCAAGUGAGGCAGCGGGCAUAAUUGCUGUCUUGAAGGAUAAAAGUGUCGAUGAGCUUCGGAAGCUUUUAAAUGACAAAGAUGCCUACAGUGCCUUCUUGCGUUCUCUUGAUCAAGUGAAAAUUCAAAACAACCUUCGGGAUGAACUUCGGAAGGAGACUACGCAGCUUGCUAGGGAGAACUUGGAGAAAGAGCCUCGAAUUUUGGAGCUUAGAAAUCAGUGUAGAAUCAUUAGGACAACAGAGCUCGCUGCUGCCCAAGAGAAACUAAAUGAACUCGAGAGGCAAAAGGAGGAAAAUCUGAGGUUCUUUUCUCCCCCGAUGCUCCUCCAAAGGAUGCAAGAUGCAAUGAAUAAAACAGAAGAAGAAUCUGAAAUCCUUCAUAGGCAGUUCCUUGAUAAGGAGAUCGACCUUGCAGUUUUUGUACAGAAAUACAAGAAGCUGCGUACAACUUAUCACAGACGGGCACUUCUCCAUCUUGCUGCCAAGACAUACACUGGUUAAGCAAAGACUAGCAAGUUCUCAUAGUAAUUUUUGCUUGUAUAUGAGUGGUAUGUUACUUGUAUUUGAAUUCUGCUUUAUCUGUUGUUUCCUCUAAUGUGUUUGCCAAAAAAAAAUGAAAAAAAGUUUCCCUUC